AUGUUCUACAGAGGUAAAUUCGUAGACAGUGGAGAUGCAAGGGAAACGGGGUUCAAACGGCAGCGGUUGAUGGAUCAGGGGUCUUCGUAUUAUGGUACUCCUCCCGGUCCGAGUUAUAUGUACAAUGCUCCACCUCCACCACCUCCUGCAUAUUCUUACUAUCCCCCGCCUUUCCCAGUGGUUCGGCUUCGAGGCCUACCCUUUGAUUGCACGGAGGCUGAAAUUGUUGAUUUCUUCCAUGAUUUAGAUGUAGUUGACGUCCUGUUUGUCCACAAGGGGGGCAAGUCCACUGGGGAAGCUUAUUGCGUUUUGGGUUAUCCUCUUCAAAUAGAUUUCGCCCUGCAGAGGAAUAGGGAAACUAUUGGUAGGAGAUAUGUUGAGGUUUUUCAAAGCAGAAAGGAUGAGUACUAUAAGGCCAUAGCAAAUGAAGUUUACGAUUCUCAGGGUGGUUCAUCUCGUCGUGGUGUUCCCAGAGCUAGAUCUUUUGAUGAGAGCAAGGACCUGGCAGAUUAUACUGGGGUCCUGCGAUUGAGGGGCUUGCCAUACACUGCUAGCAAGGAGGAUAUUAUGGAAUUCUUUAAGGAUUUUGUGCUUUCUGAAUCCAAAAUUCAUAUGAUAGCUAAUUCAGAGGGAAGGCCAACUGGAGAAGCGUUUGUGGAGUUUGCAAGUGCUGAAGAUUCAAAAGCUGCAAUGGCUAAGGAUAGGAUGACCCUGAAGUAUCGCUAUAUAGAACUUUUCCCUUCAUCGCAGGAGGAGUUGGAAGAAGCGGCUUCCAGCGGCAGGUUGUUGACAAAAUCCUUCGAAGGGAAGGACAUGGGUGAACCUACAACUGUAUUACGAAUGAGAGGAUUGCCGUUUUCAGCUGGCAAGACUGACAUAAUAGAUUUCUUUAAGAAUUCUACCUUGUCAAAAGACUCGAUUUAUAUUACCUAUAAUGCUGAUGGGAGGCCAACCGGAGAAGCUUUUGUUGAAUUUGCAAAUGUAGACAAUGCAAAAGCAGCAUUGGUUAAUGAUAGGAUGACACUUGGCAGUCGUUAUAUAGAGCUAUUUCCGGCAUCGCUUGAUGAGUUGAAGGAAGCAACUUCAAGGGGACGAUGA